CAGCAGGGGAAAGUAAUUGCUUUUGAAUUUUCAGAUACAUUUCUUUGACCUCAGAGGAGACAUCACACUUUUGACUGUCUUCCAUGAGACGGACACAAUGGAUUGGAUGAUCUCAGCUACACUUUUCCUUUCAGUGUUAAAAGCUGCACUUUGUUUCAACAUUGACCCUCUGGCUUGGAAGUCCCUGAAGAAUCCUGCUGCAGGUUUUGGCUACCAGGUGGUGCAAAGACGAUCAGAAUUACUCGUCAGUGCCCCUCUAGAACAGUAUUCAGGAAAUCGAAGGGGUCAGAUAUUUAAAUGCACCACUGAGAGAUGCCAAAGUCUGCGAGUUCCAGUUCCAGAGUCUGCAGUCAACAUGUCUCUUGGUUUGACAAUGACAAGUGACCCUAACACAGACAGGAAUGUGGCAUGUGGUCCAACCAUUCCCAAAGACUGUAAAAGUAUCACCAUGUACAAUGGUGUUUGCAUUCAGAUCAACACAUAUAAUUCAUUUGAGCCCUCAGUCCCAUCUUCCAUUGAAGAGUGCCGAACCCAAGCUGACAUUGCAUUUCUGUUAGAUGGCUCAGGAAGUGUAGACAAGAGUGAUUUUGAAAGAAUGAAGACUUUUGUGUUAAAACUGAUCGAGUCACUCCUUGGAAAAGAUACACAAUUUGCCAUCGCUCAGUUCUCCACACAUCCCAAAGUCCAUUACUAUUUUAAUGGAUUUUAUGCUAAUAGUUGGCAAGCUCGAAUUGAAAACAUUAAGCAGUCCAAAGGAUGGACGUACACCGCUGCAGCCAUUCGACAUGUUGUGGACGAUGUCUUCUCACCAUCCAAAGGUUCCAGAUCAAAGGUGAAAAAGAUUUUGAUAGUCAUUACAGAUGGAGAGUCUAAUGACCACGGCAACUUAGAAGCAGCAAUACAAAAAGCUGAAGCUAAAGAUAUUGUUCGAUUUGCUAUUGGGGUGGGGGGAGCAUUUAAAAUCCCUACUGCAUUAAAUGAACUAAGGAUGAUUGCCUCUAAACCCCAAGAGAACCAUGUGUUUGAAGUGGAGACCUUUGAAGCACUUGAGAAGAUUCGACAGAAUUUGCAAGACAAAAUUUUCUCUAUUGAAGGAUCACAAACAAGUGGAGAGUCACUGAAACUGGAAAUGUCACAGGAGGGAUUCAGAGCAGCUAUUGUAAAUGAGGGAAUCCAGAUGGCUAUGGUUGGUGCUAAUCAGUGGAGGGGAGGCUACAAGCGGUACACAGGAAGCACACAAAGAGUGUCAUAUGAGCCCAUGGCUAUUGAGCCUGACAGUUAUCUUGGUUACUCCAUGGCUGUGGCUACAGCUGCAGAUGGACAACUGACUAUCAUUGGUGCUCCAAGAUAUCAACACAGAGGAGUUGUGAUGGUGGUUUUCAUGGACACAUUCUGGCAAAAGCUUGAGCCAAAUCAGCGUGAGAUCCAGAUUGGUGAAUAUUUUGGGGCAGAGGUUUGUACCAUGGAUUUGAAUCUUGACAGCUACACUGAUCUAAUCAUCAUAUCUGCUCCGAUGUACAAGGACUCUGAUCGAGAGGGACGAGUUUAUGUUUGCACAUUGACCUACUUGAAUGUCGAGUGCCAUUUUGAGUCUCCAUUAGUACUAAAAGGGGCUGCUGACAGAGGAAGGUUUGGGUCUUCUCUCGCUGUUCUGCCUGAUCUAAACAACGAUGGAUUUAGUGAUUUGGCAGUUGGAGCACCUUUGGAGAACGAUGGUCAAGGCAGCAUCUACAUAUUCCAUGCUGAAGGAGGCCAAAGAAUCAAUCCUGCUUACUCACAGAGAAUUGCUGCCUCUGAGGUUCAGUCAGGACUAAAGUUCUUUGGCAUGUCGAUCAGUCAGUGGAGUUUCGAUCAGAGUGGUGAUGGUCUGCCUGACUUAGCGGUGGGUUCAAAGGGCACAGUUGUCUUACUGAGAUCAAGGCCUAUAGUGAUGGUGGAAGCAACUGUGUCCUUCAACCCAAAUGAAAUCCCAACUCAAAAUGUGGACUGUUCAAAUCCCCUGAAGAACCAAGCUGAAAUCUGCUUUAUUAUGAGCAGACACUCUAAAGUGAACACAGCUCAAGCACAGAUUAAAUACACUUUUACGCUGGAUGCUACCAGGAAGACCCCAAAGAACCGAGCUUACAUCAGAGAGAAACUACGAGAGGAAACUGGGUCAUUUGUUCUGGACUUUAAAAAUCAAAAGUGCAGCAGUGUGAAAUUUUUUAUUGAGGCUUGUCCAGAAGAUAUUCACAAUCCACUUAUGAACGAGCUCAGAUUCACCUUCGAUGGUUUACCUUCUGACACAAAUCUUAAACCAAGUCUCGCCCAGCAGGCUCAAACAACAACCUUUCAUCCACUGAGCUUUGAGAUCAACUGUGGUGCUGAUGAGAAAUGUGUUGAUAAUCUGAAAGUGGACUUCAACUUCACCGGGUCCUCAGUGAUUGUGGUUGGCAUUGAUGGGCUUUUGGAUGUGACAGUCUCUGUGGAGAACAGGGAGGAAAACUCAUACAACAGUCUUAUUAUUCUCACAUACCCAGCUGGGCUCUCCUACAGGAAGUUUUCAGCUCUGCAGGGAAGAAUUCAGUGCAGCUCUUUGGACAGUGAAGAUGGAGUAACUCGAGGAAAGACAGACUGCACUAUUGACAAACCAGUUUUCAAAAGCAACUCCAAGGCUGUCUUCAUUGUCUCCUAUGGGAUUGGAGCCAAUAGUCAACUUGACAGGAAGAUCUUUGUCACUGCAAACGCCACCAGUGGGAAUCAGCAGCACUCCCCUUCAAGUGAACUCUACAAGAGGAAAGAGAUCGAUGUGAAAUACAGCAUCUUUGUUUCAGCUGAAAGCUCCUUCAACUACUGCAAUUUCACUUUUGGAAAAAAUAAUUUGCAGAAACCAGUCCAACAAUCAAUCAAGGUUACAAAUAGCAUCAGAGCAUUUAAUUUCACUGUGGUGAUCAGGGUUCCUGUAAAGCUCGGUAACAAAGAUAUUUGGGUGGAUUUGAGCAGUCUGCAGAUUGCAGACUGUCAACGAGACAAAGAUGAAGAACCUGUUGUCACUGAUAUUGUUGCUCAGAUAAAGGAAAAGAAAUUAGUGGACUGCUCUGUAGCCAAGUGCAGAGUGUUUAGGUGCAGCCGGUUCAUGGGAAGAAAGGAGAGUAAGACGUAUACAAUCUCUGCCAACCUUAGUUCAGCAUGGAUAGAGCAGAUUGGACUUCCAUCUGCCAAAUUCCUCUUAACCAGCACGGCCAGUCUGGAGUACGACAGAGACCAGUACAUCUUCUACUCAACAGCAACUAAUAACAACCCACCUGUUCACAAAAUUGAGACAGAGGUAGAAGUGUAUCCUGUACCAGAUUUCACCAAAGAGAUUGUAGGAGGUUCUCUGGGAGGGUUGGCUUUUCUGGCUUUACUCACUGCUGGUCUGUAUAAGGCUGGUUUUUUUAAGAGCAAAUACAAUGAGAUGAUUAAUGAAGAUGGAAAAGGAGCCACAGAGACAGAAGCUGAUGGAGGUGCACCCACAGGAGAAUAAAAAUCUUAUUAUUCUUCAUCUCAAAGAAACCACCCAUUCCCCACAUCCAGUAUUUUCCAUUUGUACCAUUAACCUGUUGACUGCAGCUGACUACAAAACCAACCCAUCUUACUAUUUCAGGAAAUCUCUAUAAAUGAAAUAUCUAUGCCACCACUUUAAGAAACCAGCCUGUGUGUUUGUGAAAUCUCUCACUGGGCCAGACUGGGACUAAAGUCGGGUAUAAACUCCCUCAGGCCACCCCAACUCAUAUACUGUACACAUAUGCUCACACAAGUUCACACUUGCAAACACACAUAGCUUAAGUCAUCACCAGAGUUCAUUAUUGCAUGUCGACCAACUUUCACACCAAACUAUAAACCCUCUCCCCUACCCUCAUCAACAGGCUGAAUACUACAGUGACAAUAGGAGUCCUGUGUUAAUGAUAUGGUGUUAUGUUGACCUAAACAUGUUUGUAUCAUUUUUCAAGCAAUUUAUUUAGAUGCCUAACAUGCUAACACCAAUAUUCAUACAACAGUUAAAACAAGAAGCAGCUUUUGCGGACUUUAUCAGUGACCUGCUCCCUAUGACGAUUAAUUCUGCAUCCAUCUUUCAUCCUACCUGUACUCUGAGCUCUCUCCAGUAAAAGUCAGUCUGAUGUUGACUCUUUUCUUAUCUCUUGCUGUGUCUUUCUUGCUUUCUUUUCUUUCUCUGACAAUGUCCUUCUAUGUUUCUUCAAAGAAUCAGCCGAGAUGUGCGUUUAGAAUGGCCAGUAUGUUGAUAUCCGGUACUAGCAAUAACUUGGUAUGUAAAGCAAAACUCAGCUGUUAUGUGACCUGUCCUUAAAGCAAAAAUUGUUGAGCAGCUUCAGGAUGCUGCUGAACAAUGAUGUCUCCAGAAAUGUAUAUACUAAAUGUCACUGUGCCAUCAAAUAAGUCAGAAACACAUAUACACAAGUUAGAAAGUUACAUAGAGCAACUUUAAAAGGGGUUCCCAAACUUUUUCGGGUAGGGGAGGUAUGUUUGGUCCAGCAGGACCCACCAAACAUUUCAUGCAGCAAAAUAAGCCAUGUCAUUAAAAUAAACAAAUUCACGAAAACAAAUGGAGUUGUGAACCAAAACCUCAGACAUCAAACACAAUAACCAGCAAGCAAGUGAAAAGCUGCAACAAUAUCAUUAAUAGCACAGUGACAUAAACACACUGACAAAAUGUUUAAGUCAGAAAGUUCCCUCAUCAACUUUUAACCUAGGCAAAUAAAAGAAAAAUAAAAUGUUCCUAAGUUCAACAAGGACAGCUGUGCACAUUAUAUGUGUACUAAACUAGUAUAGCCAAACAGCCUAAGUAUUAGAAUAACGUAAUGGACACCUUGCCCAUAAUGGCCCUGCAUCAUCAUCAUUCGUGGGAGCUGUGUACUGUGGGCACACAUAUCGCCAGCCUGGGAUAACUCUUGUGUAUUGCACCCUGUGUGGGUUUGUGUCGGCUGUAUUUAAUUGUAAGAGCUUUCCUUAGAUUCCUGUGGUUUAGAGAAAAGACACUCUCAUUGCUUUUUAUGAGUAGUUGAGUCAUUGUAUAGUUAGAUAUAAUCGACAGUCUCCUUAUGAAAAGCUUUUCCUGUUUGCUUAAGAAUCGGGCUUUGUUAGUGAGUGGUGUGAAAGUCCCAGCAUUUACCUGGCUGACAUUUGUUUUGUUGUUUUGUAUUAGCUUUGUAAAUUGCCAAUCGUGGGCUUAUUCCUGAAAUGGACACUUUGUGUUAUGUUUAUUUUUUUUAUUUUCUUUCUUUUUUUAACAAGUGUUAAGUUAGUUGCCAGUUUUGGUAUAAUUUUGUUUGUAGAACAGUUUUAGUUAGUUUAAAC